AUGGGGAGCCCGAAUUCCCUGUCAAACAAGCCCGUUGCGGCAGUCGGGCUUGUGGCUGCUUGUUUUUUUGUCGCGUGUCUGAGCGGGUUAUCGAGGGCUAAUGCCGCGGGAACAAUACAAGCUGCAUGCACUCACGAGAAUCAGAUGACCACUUGUGUCUGCUCAGAAAGAUCGGUUGGGCGCAAAGAAGCAAGCGGCUCAACGGACACACCAACUUUGUCAGAGUCGAGUAACGGAAUCACUAUAGUGUGUCCUGCAUCGACAUUCGAGUUUAUACCCAUGAAUGCGUCAGACGUAUGCGUUGCAACAACACGACAAAAUGAGACCCUGCUGUCGUGUAAAUCAGGGCACAGAACUCCCAUUGAAGAUUUCCUGAUUCAAGCCACCCAGGGCAACGUCCCCGCAUGGACCACGCCGACUACACCACCCAGCAAUCAUGGGCACUCCCUAAUCCUUCCCCCAGAGACUUUUCCGUUAACCGACAAAAGCUUCUUCGCCGGCUGCCGAAAAAGCGCAAGCAACAAUGACGAGUGUGUGGUGCAAGUAAGUGUCAAGGCCAGGACCUCGUCUGUGAAUGACGGUGUCCUCACUUGUGCCUACGGCAAAGAGAGCAACCCAUCUGUUCCAGAAGUAACAUUGGAUUCCGAGAACAACUCGCUGACUAUCCUGUGUGGCGAUGACGGACAGAUGGAGCCGACUCAGCAAUCCUUGACUGCCUACCACUGCGCCGGCUCCAACACAACUGACUGCAAGAAGGUGAACCUCACUGAGGUCAUGCCGACCUUCACAUCCAGCUGGUGGACAACGGACGAGCAGAAGUCCAAGGCACCCAAACUGGUGAUUCCGGAAGACGGCUUUCCUUCCCAGGAAGAAACGAUUGUGUUGGGUUGCAAGCAGAAGGUCACCGGAACUAAGAGAGAUGAGCAAGAUGGUGAAACCACAGGUGUGGAGCUGCCGACCUGCAAAGUGAAGGUGACACUGGCUUCGAAUACGUCCGGGUCCCAAGCCCCGAGCGUUUCCUUCCGCGGAUUGCUUGUGUUGGUCUUUGUUCCCCUUGCUCUUCUUGGCACAUGGUGA